CUGAAACUUCUUAUUGGGUUGGAUAUGGCCUUUGCCGCCUCUUCUUCUUCGUCUUUAUCUUUCCCUCUGCAAAAGUCGUGCAGAGCUUACCCGCCAACUGGGAUUCUCUACGGCCUUCCUUUCACCUCCCGCCUGCGCUCUCCAAUCAGGCAGAUUAUUAGAAUGUCAGCAACGCAAGCUGAAAGGCCCGGUUUGUCAUUUGAAUCCCUACCGAUAAAGCCUCCUUCGCAUCCGACUUAUGAUCUAGCGGGUGUCAUCAAGUCAGCCCUUGCUGAAGACGCUGGGGAUCGAGGCGAUGUGACAUGUCUGGCUACCAUUCCACCUGAUAUGGAAGUUGAAGCCCACUUCUUGGCAAAGGAGAAUGGUAUAGUUGCCGGAAUUGCACUUGCAGAGAUGGUAUUUUAUGAAGUUGAUCCCACUCUGAAGGUUGAGUGGUCACAAAAGGAUGGAGACUCCAUACAUAAAGGCUUACAGUUCGGCAAAGUUUAUGGAAGAGCACACAGCAUUGUUAUAGCUGAGAGGGUAGUACUGAAUUUUAUGCAGAGGAUGAGUGGAGUAGCAACUUUAACUAGGGCAAUGGCAGAUCUUGCAAGCCCUGCAUGUAUUUUAGAGACGAGAAAAACUGCUCCAGGUUUACGUUUGGUAGACAAGUGGGCGGUACUCAUUGGUGGUGGUAAAAAUCACAGAAUGGGCUUAUUUGAUAUGGUAAUGAUAAAAGAUAAUCAUAUAUCAAUAGCUGGAGGCAUAACGAAUGCCCUCGAGUCUGUAGACCUCUAUCUUCAGCAAAGGAAUCUUCAGAUGGAGGUUGAGGUGGAGACCCGGACAAUUGAGGAAGUAAACCAAGUGUUGGACUAUGCAUCUAGAACAAAGACUUCCUUGACCCGGAUAAUGUUGGAUAAUAUGGUUGUACCACUAUCAAAUGGUGAUGUUGAUGUCAGCAUGCUUGAACAAGCCGUGAAUUUGAUUAAACGGAGAUUUGAGACAGAGGCAUCUGGAAAUGUCACUCUUGAAACAGUACAUAAAAUUGGACAAACUGGAGUGGACUACAUUUCUAGUGGUGCACUGACACAUUCUGUUAAAGCUCUGGACAUCUCCCUCAAGAUUGAUACCGAGUUGGCUCUUCAAGUUGGAAGGCGUACAAAACGAGCAUGAACAUUUAACUAUCAUCUUUGUUCGCUCUAUUUAGUCCAGGUCCUUCACUGUGGUACCAGGCGGUGCCUAAUAAUUUUGAAAUUGUUCGAUACAGCUAGUAUACUAGUCAAAAAUGUUUAAAGUUCAUGUUCUGAAACGGUCUCCUAGGUUUUGCCUUGAUGAGAACUGACCAUAUGCCAAUCUGUUCGAAUCCAAUAAGAUUCAACGUUUACAAAUUCAA